AUGCGAGCAUCGAGUCAAAAAACGAGCCGGACUAUCGACUUACAAGAACAGAAACGAAAUCCAGCGGCCCAUUGCCGUGACCUUGCCGUGUCAGGAGGAUUUCGUUACUCGUUCUGUGCCUCGGCGGCCAAGCGGAAGAAACGGAAAGACGAAAAGACGAAAAGACGAAAAGACGAAAAGACGAAAAGACGAAAAGACGAAAAGACGAAAAGACGAAAAGACGAAAAGACGAAAAGACGAAAAGACGAAAAGACGAAAAGACGAAAAGACGAAAAGACGAAAAGACGAAAAGACGAAAAGACGAAAAGACGAAAAGACGAAAAGACGAAAAGACGAAAAGACGAAAAGACGAAAAGACGAAAAGACGAAAAGACGAAAAGACGAAAAGACGAAAAGACGAAAAGACGAAAAGACGAAAAGACGAAAAGACGAAAAGACGAAAAGACGAAAAGACGAAAAGACGAAAAGACGAAAAGACGAAAAGACGAAAAGACGAAAAGACGAAAAGACGAAAAGACGAAAAGACGAAAAGACGAAAAGACGAAAAGACGAAAAGACGAAAAGACGAAAAGACGAAAAGACGAAAAGACGAAAAGACGA